GAAACCUCUCACUGCCAGUGCUCGAAAAGCUUACUGCCCACGCCAGGUCACAACCUGGACUAUAACGCUCAUUUGAACCCCUAGUACGGUGUGCUGGUCACAUUCGUAUUUCUGUUCGUUUAUAAUUAAAGCUCACCCCUGCUGGUUAGCUGACUGGACAUGCCGUCUCCGAACAACGCGCUUCUCCCCGCCACACCUGGAACUACAACACCAUCACUGCAAGCCAGUGACUGACACUGUUCCCACUGACACUUGCUGGCGCUACUUCUUCGUUCCAGUGACCACCCGACCGCGGGCAUCCUCUAGGGAAUCGAGUGUGCUUUGUGCCUACCAUCCCCGCGCGCGUUCUUGACGUCGGCACGUCUUCCAGCGGCCACCACGUGCCUGCGCCAAUGGCCUACCAACAACAGCAGCGGCAGCAGUACGACGAGUACCAGCAGCCGCCGCGACAGCAGCAGUACUACCACCAGGGUGCCCCGCAGCAGGCGCGACAGCCCGCGGGCUACGCUGCCCAGUACGACCAGCAAUACGACGACUACGGCUACGACCAGGGACAGUACGAGCAAUGGGAUGACGGAUAUUACAACCAAGGCGGUGGCUGGGACCAUGGCCAGCAGCGCGGAUAUGGUGAUGUGAGCCAGCAGCCGAGGCAGCGAGGACCUUCGCAGGACGGUUAUGACCCGCAGUACCGCCAGCCGCCGCCGCCGCCCCAACAACAACAACAACGAGAGCCGCGAGCGCCAAUGGGCCGAGGAGGCGGCCCCCCCGCUCCCAUGCAGGGUCGGGGUGGCAUGCGGCCUCCUCCAGCUGCGAGAGAACGCCCGCGCAUGGCGCCACCGUCACCCACGACCAUUCCCCAAGAUAACCCAUUCCCGAGCUUCCCUUCGCAAAAAGCAAAGCCGCGUCCAAAGGCCGGCUCUAUGGACGAAGCCAUGGCGUUGAUGAAUCUUGGUCCGGACAAUCUAGGUCAAGGCAGAGGAAUGGGACCGCCUCCAGGCCGAGGCCGGGGCCCUCCUCCAAUGCAGCAGCGGGCACCACCAAUGGGAAGAGGUGGGCAAUCGGACAUGCAGCGACACGAUUCGGGACACCAUGAGGGCUCUAGCCGAGGCCAGCGACCGCCUCCCAACCGCAUGCCUUCCAACCGAGGACCGCCGCCUCCCCAGCAAGGGUUCGCGCCUGUCCAACGGUCGGCGACGAUGCCUCAGAACAUGCCUGGGCCUGGGAAUCAAAGACGCUACGAGGACCCCCAUCAACAGUGGGCAGAGCCUGGGGCCGCAGCUGGAUAUCAAGGGCCAGAUUCGCCAACCUACAUACCCCCGCGUCCUACGACUGCUGGUGGGACCAAGUCGAACAACUAUGGAUCGCAGCAAGGCUUCGAUCAGAGGCCUCCAAUGCCGCAAGCGCCCCAGCAACAGCAGCAGCCACAGUUCCAGCCCAACGACCAAUCAAGAUACUCCCACGAAGCUUCACUGGACACUGUUUAUGACGACUACUAUGGCGAAGAUCGUCAGAGUAAAGCUUCGAUUGACAUGCCUGAUUUCGAUGCGAUUCAACAGCCGACCAACGGGCAUCGGCGAGGUGAUUCCCUGGACAAUCAUCUUUCUCCUACCACCGGACCACCUGCUCAUAGCAUGACGCGAUCAGCAGGUGGUGGGUAUACACAAGCGAACAACUUCUACCAGCAAGCAGCAACAAGCCGUUCCCAGCCAGAUUUGCAUGGCCAGUACAACGCUCACGCAAUGGCGGCAGACGCCCCUCCAAUGCCCGGUAUGCCCGGUAUGCCCUCAGAACACGUCCCAUAUCAGCCCAAUGGGUUGCCGAGUGGACCGCGUGGUAGAGGCCCUCCUCCUAGAGGCAUGACCAUGGACAGAGCAGCACCCGGUCCUGGCUAUGGCCCAGAGCACCCAUCAAAUUUUGAUUCUAGAUAUGGAAGGCCACCCCCGGGACCGCAGCGCGUGUACUCCGACGAGACAACCUACUCUGAGCCUCCACCGAACGUUAUGAGAAACGCCUCGCCGAUGGGACCUGGGAAUCCGAUUCAACGACCUGGAACGGCAGCUCCUGCGCCUGGUAGGGUUCCCAGCGAUCCGCUAGGUCGCCGACCAGGAACGACCCAGCCUACCAAUCCUGAUGCGUUGCCGGCGCACCCGGCCCCGUUCCGCCCCGGCCUGAUGCAACAGCAGAACUCUCAAACACCGUCAGCCCAAGCGGCGAAACCGCCACCUGUGCGACAGUACAACUCUGAGCCAGCACCAAAUGAAUAUAAUAUUCAGCUGGGUGGCUCUGCUCAAAUCCAACGAAGUGGCUCUGUAAAACACCCUGUAACACACGACGAACUCAACCGGUUGAAGAAGACUUGGGGCGGCAAUCUACAGGACCCUAAAAAUGGGCUUCUGCUGGCGAAGAAGCUUGUGGAGGCAGCCACUGUGCUCGCAGACGAAGGUGGGACUGCUGACAAUCGUACAAAGAACAAGAAUCGUGAAAGGUUCAUCAACGAAGCGUACAAGAUUGUCAAAAAGCUAUGUUCCGCCGGCUCGCCAGAUGCUAUGUUCUACCUCGCCGACUGCUAUGGGCAAGGGCUGCUCGGUCUCCAGGUCGACACUAAAGAGGCCUUCACGUUGUACCAAUCCGCUGCAAAGGCCGGUCAUCCUGCUGCGGCAUACCGGACAGCCGUUUGUUGCGAAAUGGGCCACGAAGAGGGUGGAGGAACGAAGAAGGACCCUUUGAAGGCUGUACAAUGGUAUCGACGAGCCGCUGCUUUGGGUGACCCGCCUGCCAUGUACAAGAUGGGCAUGAUCUUGCUGAAGGGCUUGCUCGGGCAGCAAAGACAUUUAGGCGAAGCAGUGAACAUGCUCAAGCGAGCUGCUGAUCACGCCGAUGAGGACAACCCACAUGCGCUGCACGAGCUCGGCUUGCUUUACGAGGCGCAGACUGGCAGUGAGCGGAUCAUGCGCGACGAACCCUACGCAUUCUCGCUCUUCAAGCAGGCCGCUGAGCUUGGGUAUAAGUUUUCGCAGUUCCGGUUAGGGCAGGCGUUUGAGUAUGGACUACUGGGCUGUCCGGUCGAUGCGCGCUUGAGCAUUGGGUGGUACACGAGGGCAGCUGCGCAGGAGGAGCAUCAGUCCGAGCUCGCAUUGUCAGGCUGGUAUUUGACGGGUGUGGAGGGCAUACUAGGACAGAGCGACACCGAGGCUUACCUCUGGGCGCGCAAGGCGGCAUGCGCAGAGCCACCGCUGCCGAAGGCGCUCUUUGCUAUGGGCUACUUCACGGAAGUCGGGAUCGGAUGCCCGCGGAGCUUGGAUGAGGCGAAGAGGUGGUAUGGCAGAGCUGCUGCAUACAAAUUCCCCAAAGCGCAGGAACGACUUGAAGAGCUUAAGAAGGGCGGAUCCAAGGUCCAGAUGAAGCGCGAGCGGUUGAGCCGCACGAAUCAGAAGCAACAGGAGGAGAACUGCGUGGUGAUGUGAUGCCACUUUGGCCUGGGCUUUCUUAUACCCCUCUGUUUGGAAAUCCCGAGCAUAUUUGUCUCCACCUCUUGCAGACACGUGCGUGUUAUGCAUUAGCAUUGUACGAUAUGAUGGAUUUGGCGUUUUGCUUUGUGACCGUUCUGGAAAGGGUAUAAUUAGCUGGUACUGCGGUGGCUAUGUAUGAUGAGUAGCAUGGCUAUAUUCGCAGACGUCCACUCGCUGGUCCUGAACCGGAAUCUCAGUGGAUCAUUGUCUGCUGGCCAGCGCGAUUAGAAUGAUCAUACCCGUC